UUCAUCGGUCUACCUAGCUUUCUCUCCUCCCUUUUCCUUCUCUCUUCGUUCUCUCUCUCGAUACGAAUGCCCUAGUGCCAUCGAUCCGCGAUGGAGCGCUGGCGCUCACCGGCGCUAGGUCAUGGACUGUAGAUCGGCAUAGCUAGAGCGCGCAUUGUAGUUUGGGAUGGAGAAUAUCUAGAUUUCCAGAAGCCAAGGCCCGGCGGCAAGGUUUUCCAGAAGAACGAGUGGUGAUUUCUUCGGCAGGGCCGUCUCCAUUCUCUGCAGUGGCCGAUAUUUCGUCGUGUUCUUGACCCUGGCGACCGAUCGAAUGGCGCAGCAGCGGGAUUAAGGUGCGGGAACGAGUAUGGAGGUGGCACCGCCGAUAUGCCAGCACCACCAGCAGCGCCAUUCGUGUGGAGACGAAAUCUUUGCGUUUCGGGCUGGAGAGGCUGCAGGAGGAACGGCAGUGGCGCCGAGCGCCGCCACUGCCACCGAUAGCAGCAACAAAUUCGAUCUAGCUCUUCCCGAGAAGAAUUGCUUGACGUCAAAUUUCACCAUACGAGGUUUCGUCUCGUUAGUUCGCAAGCAGGACAUCAGGCAGACCUGGCCGUUUUCCGAGGAGCUCUUGCAGAGAUACCUGAGUGAGGGGAAGUCACUGCCACAUCUAGAUGCCACCGCGCCGACGAGUGUGGCAACCGUAAGAGCUUCUUCUGGGGAGGACGAAGCCGACGCUAGAGCCGUGGUGACGGAAGUGGUCCAUCCCGGCGAGCAAGAGCUCGAGGUGCAAUUCCACUUUGAGAAUCAGGCCCGUGAUGGGUCCAAGGGGUUGGACGGCCCAGGGGAGGAAUCGAAGAGGAUGGAAGCCGGUGUCUCGCUUGCGGCGUCAGAGACUUUAGCAGCAGGCCAAACGGGGGGAGAGGAAGGGGAAGCGAAAGACAAGGGCCUGGACUGCAUAGAAGACAAGGCCUCCGACACGGGAGCAGAAGAGGUGGAAGCAAUUCAAGGGUCGGCCAGGGAAGAUGACGCUGGUGCUUCCAAGCCAGCCACAGGUGACGAGGGCGUGGGAGAGGAUGGGCAGCAGCAGAAUGUAUGCCCGGUUUGCGCCUCUUUUUCGUGUCACUCCGUAACAGCUCUCAACGCUCACAUCGAUGGGUGCCUCUCGGCGGCGCCAGGAACUGACAAGUGCCAGAGAGUCGUAGCGCUACGCAGCACCAACACCACCGUCAACAACAAGGGCUCCUGCGCAAAGGUGCAAAAAAUGCGGUCCAUAACAGAUAUAAUUGCUGCCGAUCCGGCUCCAUCUCCCAAGUCCGAUUCGACUGCCAAGCACGCCGAGCCAGUGGUACGUGAGCGACGUGCGCCCAACCAUGUCGUCGUCCUGGCUGACAAGGAGGCGGCCGCGAGCAAGAGCUCGUCGGGGCAAGCGCAGCGCAACUUGAGAUCAAGGUCCCGCGGCUCCCGGUCGAUGAUCCUGGUGAGCCCGAUCAAGCCGGACGCCGGGGAGCGGGCGGCUCGCAGGCGGCGGCGGGAGUGCACAGGGAACUGCGUCCAGAAGUCGGGCGAGUGGUCGGAGCCGCACAAGAAGAUGCGUCAUUGCUCCGGCAACUCCGUGGAGGUGACAAGCUCAUGGACUCCGUCCAUCAGCUCGGGAACUUACUGCCAUUCCAAGGCCCAAGACAACUUGGAGAAGUCUUGCGAGCUUUCGGAGAGCCACGGCUCUGCGAACUGCUUGGAUCCGUCGAGUUUGCAGCCUGCUGGGGUGGAGCAGGAGAAGACGCCAGAAAAAGCGAAAAGAUCAGCGUGUACGGGGCCAGUCAAUGUCACUGACGAUUCCUCCUCCAACAAAGCAGAUUGCGAAAAGCCUCAAGGAGUCGAGGCACCUACCCAGACUGAUACGUCCAUCGAUGCUCCGGACGCUUUGCCACCCCCGGAUACGCAGAUUCCUGAAGGUCCUCCUGUACCUGCGGUGGUGGAAAGUGAAGCGGAUGCUGAUAGAUCAGCGGAGGGAGCCAAGGCGUGUAUGGAAGCUGCAAACACUGGUCCACCUGCUGAUCCGGCCAUAGUCGCAACAAGUGCCCCUCCGGCUGUGUCAACAGCCGCGCAAUCUGAGAAUGCUUUGCAGCGUCCCAGGUCUAUUCCGCUCUACGACUCUAUGAUAUCCAGCCUGAGAUCAACCUCAGUCGACUCGGUAACUGGCUACAGCCACUUCAACAAUCCAACAUGGAAGGCAGCGGUUGUGAUGGCUACGUUAGGAGCCUCCUUGGCGAAGACUAACAGCACUCCCUCGACGCCCGCUUCUGUUGUUACCAGUAUCGGAAACAGCGAGGCUUCAGCACCAAGGGUCGACUUGUGCAGCCAGGCUUCUGACAGCAUCUGCGUCUCGGUGGUACCUGUUGUCGAAGCAAGUUCAAAGGCGGGUCCUUACAACAGAGAAAAUCAGGUUAGCGAAGCCAAGGCAACAGCUACCGAUCGAGUCGCCUUCAAAGAAACAGGCGUGCAUGGAUACUAUCAGGCGUUACCCGGACGAGUAUCGGCUCUGGACAAGUCAAAGUUUCCGUUCCAGAAUGUUGGCCAUCCAACAGAAGCAGUGCAGUGUUUCCCAAGCUCCUCCACCAAAAUUCCGAAAGUGCCCGGGUGGAUGCAAGGCGGCGAUCGUCCAGCGGUGAUCGACGUCGACCAGGUUUCUUUCAAGGCUCAGGCAUCGUCCAGCGAUGCCAAAGCGGAGAAACCCGUCCUGCGGCUCCUCGGUCAGAACGUGAUGGUGGAGUCGGGUCACAAAGAUGUGCAAGGAGCUAAAAGCCCCUACAGCUUCUCGGUUCCUGGCGUACACGCUGCUGCCACCGGAUAUCAUACUCCUUGCUGCUGCUCGUCGAGGUCGGCCGCACCAGCCGAGCAUAUAACUUUUGCUCUGGGGAAAGAGAUGCCAGUUCCUUACACCAGCAACAGUGCAAUCUCCCAGAUCCCGCUCCCAGGUACAUGGAGGCUUCUGCCGAAUGGGAUAUUGAGUCAGGUCAAUGGACACCAGAUAAAUCUUGGUUCCGCCAAGCUGGGAGGUGCACCACUGAACUGCUGCCUUCAUAAAAGCUGCAGCCAACAACAUCAGCCACAACAGCAGCAGCAACCGCAGAAAGUUCGCCCGGGUGGCGAUCAGAAAAACGCUGGCGAUCUUCCGCCUUGGCUUCUAGCUGCGAAGAAACAAAAGGAGGCAGAGGCAAACGUCAUUGUCAUUGAUGACGACGAUGCGGACGAAGAGAAGGGCAGUCCAACGUCGGUUUCAAAGGCGGCUGCCAUUGCCAAAGGAGGAGCUUCGCCGUCUGACGUCGAAUUCACUGGGGAACGGUCCGUGCGCCCCAGCGACAAAUCGACGUCAGCUCGACACACUUAUGCUCCGGGAACAGCUUCGCCACACAAGAGAGAGGCUGGCGGCGACUGGACCCAGCAGCCGCACGAGAAAGCCUCCAAGAUCACCACCAGCGACUCCCCGCAAGUGGCGAACAGAAUGGGAAUUCCGGUGCUGGUCCCGACCUGGAUGAUUUCCAGCAGCGACAGCAGCGGCAGUGUCAACCAGUCCAAGCGCGGAGCCACCGCGCAAGCGUACAAGGCACGAAUCGCGAUGAUGAAGGCGUAUAUGCACAGCUCCGGCGACGCCAGUCCAGCACAGAUCCACCAGCAGCAGCAGAGAAGCUUGCCACCCGGGUCUUGUGUAUAUCAGCUCUCGCAGCAGCAAGGAGCUCCCAGGUUGAUCCCGGUCCAAGCUCCUCUUGGCAGUGGUAAUGGUGGUGCUGGUGGUGGUGGUGGUAGUGAUUUACUACCCGGAUAUAUAACGCAUGGAGGAGGAGGAGGACUGGGACAGCAUCACCAUCAGCUUUUCCAGCAGCAGCAGCAGCUAAGUUUAUUGGUGGGGAAGGACUGUCACAUCAUCGAGCUCGAAGACGGGCAGCAGUGCCUGCUUGUCAAUGGCCACAUGAUGGAGGCGGCGGAGCAGCAGCAGCAGAUGAUCACGGUGGCGGCGGCGGCGGAGAGCGCCGCUGCUGUGGCGGCCGCGGCGGCCGCGGCGGCGGCGGCGGAGAGCAUGGCUCUCGGCAAGAGGCUCGUCCGGGACGCGUCCGGGAGGAGCUUUGUUCUUUGCAACGAUGGCGAGGGUGGCGGCGGUGGUAGCAGCGGCAGCGGCAGUGCUGGGCGUGGUGGCGAGAGUGGAGCGAAGAUCUUGGUCACUCCGGUUCUCCCGGGCGAUGGUUCCGGCUAUCACGGUAUCGUCCUUGCCGGUCCAGAGUGGCUCCAAACAUUUGAAAGGGUGGCGCAUUCCGGGUGGGAAUUUCUAUACCACAUUCCCGGCGCGGAAUUUCCAGAGGCUGUGGCUACACGUGAGAGAUGA